AUGUGGGCGGGCAUGUUGUGUGUUAUCUUCUUCUUCCUCAUUAUAUCAGUCUUGACAUUUCCCAAUGGUCCAUUCACCAGACCUCAUCCAGUGGUAUGGCGGAUAGUGUUUGGCUGCAGUGUGCUCUAUCUGAUGGGUUUGCUGUUCUUGUUGUUUCAAAAUUAUGAAACAGUCAGAAGGAUCCUGGUAUGGAUAGAUCCAGGUUUAGCAUCUUUCCACAUUGACAUGGACAAGGAGUACGGUGUCAAUUGCUCAGAUGUCACAGUGGAGAAGAUCUGGAAUCACUUGGAUGUGUUUGCAUUAGCUCACUUUCUCGGCUGGGCAUUCAAGGCCAUUCUGAUUCGUCAUCUUGGUAUCCUCUGGGCCAUCAGCGUCAUGUGGGAGGUGACCGAGAUUGCUUUUGCUCAUUUAUUGCCAAACUUCAUCGAAUGUUGGUGGGACGCGUUGAUUCUGGACGUCCUAGUAUGCAAUGGUUUGGGUAUCUGGGUUGGCCUGAAAAUCUGCUCCAUAUUGGAGAUGAGAGAAUACAAGUGGGUCAGCAUUCGUGAUAUCGAGAGUACCACUGGGAAACUGAAACGAGCAAUGUUACAGUUUACUCCUGGUAGUUGGACGUCUGUCAGAUGGCUGGAUCCAACUUGCACGCAUAUGCGACUUGUCGCCUUGUGCCAGCUAGUGAUAUUCUGGCAAGUCUCCGAAUUGAAUACUUUUUUCUUGAAGCACGUCUAUGAAUUUCCUCCAUCUCAUCCAUUUGUCGUGGCCAGAUUAGUGUUAAUCGGCGUAAUAGUUGCGCCAUCCGUUAGACAGUAUUAUAUGUAUGUAACUGACCCAACGUGUAGUCGAGUGGGCACUCAGUGUUGGGUCUAUGGGGCAAUCAUGGUAACAGAAGCCUUGCUAUGUAUACGUCAUGGUGCAGCUCUAUUUGAGCGCACUCAGGCUCUGAAUAUUCUCCUUUGGCUGCUCUGCCAGUCUCUAGUCUCCGUUCUUUGUGUCUACGGCUGUGUUUUAUGGCAUCGAUACUUUGAGACGGAAAAGAAAGCCACUAUAAGGCGGUCUGUCUCCCACUUAAGCAAGUUUGACACGGAUAUAAGCGGGAAUAUGGCUCGUCGUACGAAGUCUGUGGAAGAGUUGGAUAAGAAGGAACUGUGA